UUUGCAAAAUAUACAAUUGGAUAGAUUUAUCAUGCGAAUAUCACCAUAAAAUUUGUGUAAUUAGCAAAUAUGGACAAAACAAAUAUCGUAAAUACUUUUACGGAAGUGGUGGACCAAUUGCGAAACACGGAAUGCAGCCAAAAAGAGAAGAUUGCCUGCUUUCAACGCAUAGCGGAAUGCAUCAUGUCGCCGGCCAUGCAUGGCCACAUAAACUAUUCCACUUUCUGCAGCAAAGCUGUUAAUAUUCUGUUGCUAUUUUGCGAGGAUUUGGACUCCACAUGCCGGGUACAUGCUGAGGAAAAUCUAAAUAAAAUUUUCCGGUUACUGGAGAAGGCAAGGGUGCAUCGCAUUUUAAUGGAUCUCUAUGGAGAAAUAAAAAGAAACGGAAAUCAAAGAUCUCUACGCAUUUGCCUACGAAUAUUUGGUUAUUAUGCACCUCAGAUACGGGAACAUCGUGUGCGAUGGUAUGCUCAAAAUUUGAUGCCUUGUUUGCGUGUCAUAAGUCGACGCAAGGAGACCCUAUUGCAGGAAAGCCUAUCUGAAUUUGUGGUGAAAUUUGGAAAGCAUGUACAGCCAGGUCUUACCGAUGGUGAAACAUGCAAACUUUUUGAGGCCUUUAUUGAAAAUAUUGGCUCGGAUUGUGCUGUAAAACGCAGGUGCACCGCUCAAAAUUGCAUAAGCCUUAUAGAACAUGCUUGCAAUAAACCAUUAAUGGCAAAAUAUGCGCUUACUAAAGUGAUGGAUAUCCUUUUAAUCGAUCAUCAACCUAACACCAUCAUCGGAAUAUUGGGCUUCCUCCGACUAUUGGUUGUCAUAAUCAUUAAGGGUGUGCACGUCGACAAUGACAAUGAGGAUUCAUAUUCGAAUAACAAAUCGAUCAAGUCCAAUGACCCGGAAGAAACACGUCAGCUAUUGGAAAUCUACGAUUACUGUUUGUAUUUAAUUAGCUCAACACCUACUACUCAACAUUCCGUAAUAAAUGCUGCCCUUGAGGUAGUCAAUGCGAUUUUACAGUCCUUGGAUGGUAUCUCUUGCAGGGAUAGCAAAAAUAGUAUGCGUAUCGGGCCACAGCUAUUGCAACUAAUCAACGAUAACAAUUUGAAACAUGGCUCGUAUCUGAAAUUGAAGAAUACUCUUAAGCGUCAAGUUUUCAAAUUGGAAUUUGCUGAUGAAGUUGAUAGAUCUGUAGACAUAAUGCAUGGAACUCAAGAUAUCACAGCAUCGCAAACAUCGAGCGAUAUUAUCCUGCUGCAACCACAACAAGGGCAACAGCAACAGCAACAACUAGACAUGACGAUGACAACAAUAUCUGCCACAGCAAUGCAACAACAAAAACUGAAAAGACAUACGGCACGCAGCAUUAGUGAAUGUGUCGACAUUGAUUAUGCAGAUGAAGAUGUGGCACCAGUCAACAAGAACAGCGAUGUUGAUGAUGACGAUGACGACGACGAUGGGGAUUUUACAAAAUUGUCUGGAAUGAAUGACGACUCCAUGCACACACAUGCCUCAUUGUUAGGAAACAUUGAUUUCACCGCAAAAACCUCUUCGAGUGUAAUCAACGAAACUAUUUCCGGCCAUGUUGGUGGUGAUGCUGCAAGUGCCGCCGCCGAUGCUGCUGCAGAUCCAAUGAAGAUGACGCCAACGACCCACGUUAGUGGCGGUGACGUUGAGGCUGGAGAUGAUACGCACAAAUUCCUUGUCAACUUUUCAUCAGAUGAUGAAAAGUCAACCCAAUUGUGCAACACAGACAAUGAAUCCGUGAAUAGUAUUGAUUUUAAGGCUGACAUCUCCCGUGGUUUGGUUGUACAAGGCAUACAUUCGAACACAAACACCGAUGAUUGUUUGGCUCCAGGCUCAACAGUGAUGGAAGGCGCUGCAGCAGCACCUGCAAAAUCAGGCAAUGAUGCCUUUACCACAUUCUUUAAUAACAUCAAUAAUGCAGCCUCUGAAACAGUAACCAAACUAUUUCGUCCUGGUUCAUCUUCGACCCUCUCGAAAAAUGUUGCCAGCACUCCAUCAACAACGGCCGAUUCAUUGUCAUUGGCAUCGACUGUAAGCUCCCUUAAGCAGCGCCCGGUAGAUGUUGAGUUCAUGGAGGAUUCCUCGCCAGAGUCGAGUAAAACAUUUCCCACACCAUCAACAGCCAUCUUGGGUGAAAUACGUUCUUUGGAUUCAGUGGAUAUUCAAAGUACCAGUGGUGAUAUUAAGCACAUCCCAAAUGAUACACCCAAGGAAUCGCCAAAAAAAAAUCCCUUCUUAAACUCACCCUCAUUGACGGGUGCCAAUAUCGAUAUCCCCCAACUUCCUGUAGAUAUUGGCUGUAUAUAUGAACAAACACUGCUAUGCUAUACCGCACGUUUGAUUGCAGCACGUUUCCUCUUGACUGGCGGACGAAAGGGACUUUACGAUGACUCCAGUGUCAAGGUCUCAAUCAAAAGUAUUUGUCUAAAUAUCAUCUCACAGUGUGUGCGAUUGCGUUCUGAGAUAUUGGAAAUAUCCCUCAAAUUCAUGCAAUCUGAAAGACCUCAACCCAAAGAGGUAGAAAGUGUUGUGAUUGUUAGCAACCGUCAGAGUCCUACACAAAUUCCUAGUGAUUCCAGUUCGAAUGUCGGACAAGACUAUGAACAUUUGGAGGUAACAACCGUGUCCCCUGAUACAGCAGAAGUUCCUAGGAAAACCGCCUUCCCACAACUGGAUGUUUUUCGUAUGGAGGACAACAACGAGGAUCCUUUGUUGGAAAUCAUUGAUGAUCAUUUUGGCAAGAGCACAAGUGAUUUUAAUUUCACCAGCCCCAGCGUCUUCAAUAUGUCACGAAGUGCUGAUCCAGUAUUAUUCAGUAAAACUGAUAAAGACACCAGCAAGAGUUCUCCCAUAAUGAAAACCAAACGCGACAAGUUAUCCACAUCGGAGAUAAUUAGCGUCAAAGGGUUUGUGGAAAUAACAAAAGCCGAUGAGGAUAUACCACCGGAGAUGUUGCCACCCAAACCUCCGAAGAGAACCAAGACAUUUCGUAAAAACAAAGCUGAAUCGGAAGCAAGAAAGAAUGCUCUUUUGGGGGCAACUGUGUCAGCGAAUGAUAUACAGUUUUUACAUGACAUUUUAUUGUAUUACAACCAUGAGGACCCCAUCUUAAGGGCUGGCAUACAAACAAUUAUUGGACAAUAUUGCAGAUCUAAUCAAGCUGGACUUGUUGGGGAUGCGAAAAUAAAUUUACAAUAUUUAUUAGCUAUUUUAUGUGUGGGUCUGCAAGAUGACAUUCACACGGUGGUCAUACAAGCAUUGAAUACAUUCGAUAAAAUAUUUCCAUAUGUGUUAUUUAAAUAUAUGACUACACCAGCAACAAGGACAACAUGCAGGACAGCAGCUUCAGCAUCAUUGCCAGAACGAGGAUAUGGUGGUGGUAGAGCAGCAUCAGCCUGCAAGCAACAAACAUGUCAGGGAAGACAACACAAAGAAACCAAACACAACAAGGAACAACAUCAACAAGGGCAGUAUCAAGAAAAAUAUUGCCCAAAGGAUGAAAAUCGAACUUGUGCUGCUGCAACUGCUGCCUCUGCUACUCAUGCAACAAGAUCUUCGAUGUUUAAGUGUGUGCCAGGGCACUUUAACGAUAAUGAUGGGAUUAUAGCUGCGCUUUUGAAUGCUUUUCAAUUGCAUGCGGACAGGAGCAGCAAAAGCGUUAAUACUGAUAGUCAAGCUGCCCUACAAAGCACCGGCUAUGCAGGCUACAAUAAUGAUAUUAUGCAUGGCGAAGAGGCUAGCGGCAACGGACUCGGCAAGACUACAUCCGGUUGCUCUUCGCAAGAAUACGUGCAGGCAUCAACAUCAGAUACAGGAUGCUGGCCUUGCCAUUGUUGUAGUAGUGGUGGUGGUGCCGCUUUUGCUGCCUCAACGAUGCCAACUAUGCUGUUCAUUUCACCAAAAUUGCUAUUGAAUAAACUUCGUCUGUGUCACUACAACAAAUAUUGGUUGGUCCAAAAUAAAUAUGCCGAAGUUAUUUCAAAUUUAAAUUAUGCUUCACUACGUUCUUAUUACGGAAAUAACUAUACCAUCAGCAACAAUAACAUUGGCCAUCAGCAACACCACUGCUGCUGCUGCUGCUGCUGCUGCUGCUCAACUAUGGCUUCAGACGAUGGUUGCUGUUACUGCUGCCGCUGCAGCUGCUAUGAUGAUGGGUGGUGCUACUAUGAAGACAACGAUGUCGAUGGUACAGAUUUUGUCUGCAACUUGGAGAAUUCAUUUCUCGAAGAACUUUUGCUAUUGAUUGCCGACGAUGAUGUUCGAGUUCGAGAAUCUGCAUCGAAAUACUUGUGUCGUUUUAUACUUCAAAAUGCCAAACAUUCUUCAUCAUCACCCCAUGCUCAGCAACUGCAGUCUCAACAGGAACAGCAGUCACAACAGCACAAGCAAUGGCCUUUUGUUACUCGAGAUGAUGAAAAUGCUGCUUUACAUCGAACAUAUUGCGAUAAUAUGAGGAUGUUGCAAAAUUUCUUCGAGUACAGCAUCUUUAACGACAUGUCACCCGCAGUGCGUUAUUUAUUAAAUCCGGAAUAUCAACAACGACAACAGCCGGAUCAGGAGAUAUUAACAAUUUUGGAUAGCAUGGCAUCAACGCCGCCAACGUCCGCAUGCAAUGAAGGCGUAUUGUCGUGCAAUGAAGCAGUUCAGACGGUAUUGUCUAAAGUUUUGUACCGUCUCACAAACAAAGUGAUGUCAUUUAAGGACAAAAAUGUUCAGUUUGGCAUUAUCUUUGGCAUAAAACAAUUAUUGAAAUAUUUUCCAUUUGCCGACUAUGCCUGCGCUUGGUCCGAGUUCAACUUCAUGGAAAUCUUCGUCAAAUUAUCCCAAUAUAAUUACAGUACGGCUGUGGACUUAGCAUGUCAAAGUGAUUUGAUUGAUGUCGGCUGUAAAUUAAUAGUUGGUUCCUCAAUGUUUUAUCCCAGCGCUGGACAACAAAAUCUUGAAAACAUUAUCGGCCUGCUGAGACAUACAAUGAAAAUUGUAAAUAUUUAUUAUCACAUAUUCACCAAUCCAAAGUCAUUAAUUAUGGCCAAAAGCCAAAAAGUCGAGUUAUUUGGUAGUGCCAAAGAAUCGGCCAUAGCUCAGAGUUGGGGCUAUUUUGGCAACGAAUCCAUUUAUGUAAAACUUUAUCACACUUUGAAAAGUGCCUACGAUAAUUAUAAGAUUACCAUUAAUGAGGAAGCUGGCAGCAAAUUAAUUUCCCUUUUGAAAACAUGUUUAAACUCAUUGAGUGUAUGCAUCGAAAUGUUGCCCCAUGAGGCAACUGUGGCAGCUACAGCUACAACAACAGCAGCAGCAGCAGCGUCAGCAGCUGGGGCAAUAAACACUGGCAGCAGUGCUGCUUCAGCUGCCAGUAGCUUGGGUCUGAUGGGCAAUCUAGGAAUUGCCAAAAGUGCAACGGAUGUGAAUGCAACAGCAUCGGCAACAUCUACCGCCUCCCCCACCCCUUUGUCUUCCUCACUUGGUGCGGGCCUAGACUGUGCACCAGUAUUGAAAUUAAUUGAAGAAACUCUUCAGUACUUGACCAAAGUCAUAAAUUAUGCACCCGAGGAGAGCAUUGCAUGUCUGCGACAACUGUUGAAAUAUUUGUUUGCUAGAAAUUAUGGCAACAGGCUGAAGCAGCCACACCAGCACCAGCAACACAAACAUCAAAUGAAACAAGGCCAUUAUCCAGCAUUUACCAAAUCGUAUUUUAAGGCCAAAUGCAAAGAGAGGCAAUGCUACAGCAAUCAAGUUGAUGGUACAGCAGCACAACAGCCGACUCCCACAUCAGCCGGGGCCUCAUCACCCUCAGCCCCACACCCAUGCUCCGCCUCAAUGGCUUCCCCGGCCGAAAGAAUAACUACGCCAAAUGCUACAUCCAAAACAAUCCAAUUGCAACAACCCUCAAAGAGACUUUCAUUCAUGGAUGUUGUGGGUAGCCCAAAUAGUGGCUUUGCCAACACUACCACUGGUUGUACAUUUGGUACAGUUGGCUUACAAGAUGAUUAUCUAUUGUUGUCCGAGUUAUUUGCCAGUGCUUUGGACUAUCACACUUGGAAAUCACCAUUUGAGCCCGAACUCGCAAGGCAUAUAAAGCUGUUUGAACCUUUGGUUAUCCACUGUUUAUCGUUUUUCUUACAUUGUAACGGUCGCAUUCAGGCUGAUAUUCUGGAUAUGUUGAUUUUACUUUUGGACUUUAAUGUUACCUACAGUAGUUUGGAUGCUAAGAAUGUGAUAUUCGAACAUAUAAGCAAGAGCUUGGAAAUCAUUGAAGGAGGCAUAGCACGCAAUGGCCUAUUCCUCAUAACACCUAUGAUAAAAUUCCUCAUUAAACUGUCAUCAAGAAACGACCGUAAUUUGAUAACAAUACCGAAAAUUAUCAGCAUCACCAAUAACCUUCUGGCCAACUACAGCAUCCGGGAUGUGGCCAUACAAGCCCUUAAAACAUUAGCCUACGAAAUAUUCCUAAUGACCCCCACAAUGGCAAGUCAAAUUACAGCGACUGGCCUAGGCGAUGCCACUUCCCCAAGACGUCAUGUCGAUGAUCCCAAUUCAUUGGCUGCUCUAACGGAGAAUCUUUUGACACUCAACAACGAACUUGACACACAGAAAGAAGUCAUCUUGGGCAUGUUGGAGAAAUUCAUUGAAUCCAGCGAUUGCCAGCAACUGCUAAGUUUGCUGCUGCUAAUUGAGCAAUUGCAGCAGCGCGACGAGGCUGCUGCCAAUAAUGUGGCAACAAAGAAGCAGCCAACCCAUGGAACUGACACCAUUGAUGUCGAUGGUGGCGACGGCAGUUUUUUGCAGCAACAGCAACAACAACAGGCGGCGCACAACAUAACAAAAUGCUUGCCAAAUCUUGAUACGGUCUGUAAUAUGAUAUGCCAUUCAAUAUGCUCGAAUCGUCUGUGUAUCCAGGACUGGCACACUUAUUAUAUGGUGGAUACAUUUUUCAAAAAUAAUACCAAAUAUCUCUUGGGCAACAGCAGGGAGUUCAUGGCAUUGUUGAAAUACACAAUUGAAGGGGAUGUUGCAAACUUUAGUGAUUUAUCGUAUGCAACGAUUAUCCUGUCGAAUGUAAUCCUCAAAACCGAGGAAAUUUAUUUAGUAAAUCACAUAAAGCUCUAUUUGAAAAAUCAUCCAAGUUGGGGGGAAAAGUUCAAGCUCAAGCAACAACGCCAUCACCAUCACAAACAACAGCAGCAGACGCUUCAGCCAAGCACCAACAACUUUAGUGCGUCCCAGUGGUUGCCGGAUGUGAACUCAGAUAAGCCUUCAACUUCAUCGGCAGCAAAGGCAGCAGCGGCAACCUUUUCCGCUGGCGCAUCUCCCACAUCAUUGCCGCCAGCUGCACUCAACGAGCACACCUUCUUCCCACUGGUCUUGUGCGAGGCCCUACUCGAAUGUCUUCAGACACUGGCCGAGCAUCGUCAUGCUGCCAACUCAAAUUCCUACAAUCACCACUUUGUCACACACUACUGUCGCCAAGUUGGUAAUUUUGUUAAAGUCCUCAACAAACUGUGUUCGAGUGGUGCACGUUUGGAUGAUUCUCUGGUUGUUUCCAUGCGUUCCACUCUAAAUGGCUGUGAAUCGAGUUUGUUAAAUGAAUACUAUAAUUUGUUGAUGAUGCACUCUACUCGAGGCUGCCCCAACACAUCAGCGGUGGGCUCGGCAGGCGGUGGUGCCUUGGGGACAACAUCUGCGGCAAUGGCCUCGAAUGUCGCGUCUUCUGCUGCAGCUGCUGGUGGCGCAGGGGGUGGCGGCAUCGGCGGCCUAGUCUUUGGUGCAAGUUCAUGUUCGCUGGCCAUGGACCACACCGCGGCCGAUGAUGAUAAUGUGGUGGUGCUGCAACUACAACUGGAAAUGUUUCAGUUGCUGAACUCGGUUGGUGUUUUGGAUACACUGGCCCUGCUGCAGCGACUGCAAUCGAAUGACAUCAGUAAUCAUGUAAGGCGGGCACUUUUAAACAAACUUUGCCAUCAGAGUACGCUCCAUGCCAUUGAAUGGAAUCUGCAACAAGUGCAGCAUUUGUUCAAUGGGAAAUUCCUGAAUAUUUUAAUUGUUGAACAAUUUGCAUUUGUGUGCAAUUUGUGUGAAGUGGACGAAGAGUUUUGUGCGCUGUUCCAGGCAACGGUGCUUGCAAACAUCAAAGUGCUCAAUAAGUACUCCAUUGUUCAUCUCCUACGUCUGGUGGAGAAUCUUUGUAGGAAAAGCGACGAAUGCUCUAUACUGCGUUUUGCAAAAUGUUUGCAAAUUUUAAAUAAGCUGCACAGUUUCGUGAUGUCUUCAACGACGUUGCAGUUGUCAUGGCAGCCGUCGUCUUCGCCUUCGCCAAUAGAUAAACGACCACUUCAAUUGCAAAUUGAGCGUUUAGCUCGACAUUUGAUCGUUAAUUCAUCCGAUGCUUACGAUAAAAAUGCCAUUUACGAUACAUUUGUCCAUUUAAUCGAAGAAGAUGUCGAAGAGCAGCGUUUGCUACAGCAACAAAAUGAGUAUCAGUUUGCCUCCAAGGAAGGAAUUGCCGUUUCACCAGCACCAGCACCAGCUUUAGCUUCAUCGAUGUCAGCAUCGUCAUCAGCAUCCCACUUCAACUCAAGUGAACAUUUGCAAUUUAUGAUCUUAAAUGAUUUGGAAAAUUCUUGCGAAAUAAACGAUGACGCUGCCGAUGAUGAUGGCGGCCCUACUCCACUGGGAAGUGGUUCCAAUAUUGUGGACGAGAAAUGGAUAUUUAAUCAGUUAAUUAAAUUCUCCGCACAAAACAGCAGUGAUCCCCAGCAAAUAGUGAAAAUCCUUCUGGAGAUACAAUCGGAAAAUAAGCUACAAAAGAUAUUCAACACGGCCAACUUUGAUGCGUUGCGUAUUUUAAAGCACACCAUUUCCCAUUCGCUGCAGGCCAUGUUGCAAACAUUUCGCAAUAAUUGCAUCCAAUAUAAUCCACACAUUCACUACAUGCGACCGAAUCCAUUAGCGCGAGUUUCCCUGGCACAGCUUAUGACACGUAUACAACAGCAAGUGGAGGGAGGAGGUGUUGCAAGCUGCAAAUCCCCCUACAAUGGUGGUGGCGUCAACAAAACAACGAUUGUUGCCAAAGAUCCCUACAAUACAUCCGGCCCACAAACAUCAACGUCAACAUCAACUCUGAAUGAUGAUGACACGAAUCGGGCCACUGGGUGUGGUAGUAGUGUUGGUGGUGGUGGCGGCCAUUGUCCUCCACACUCUAUUGCCAUGGUGCCCAUACAUUUGUGUGAGGCUGUAAUCGCAUUAAUGGAAAACAUUAAACAAAUUGAGGUGACGGCCCUAAUUUACAUCGAAUCGAAAUUCAUUGAUAAAUUCUUAAGCGAACACUUGUUGCGGCCGGAGCAUGUAACGCGACUCGUUCGCUUCAUUGGCCAUUGCUGUCAGUGUGUUUUGUUGGCCAUGAGUAGGCCUGUGUUAUUGUGCCAGAGCCACGAACAAAGGAACUCGGUGGCGGUUGUGCUGCGCUGCAUUGAUAUAUUGUUGCAUCAGAAAUUCAUUUGGAAUGCUCUCAACCAACAGACAUUAGCGAAGGCAACAGCAACGGCAACACCAACAAAACCUGCUGCAGGCACUUCCAUGGGAAGUGUUGGCUCAGAGGCUUUGCCCAAUGCCACUCCCGCCACUGCUACUGCUGCCAUUGAUGCAUGUGCACCACUGACAAAGUGUGAACUAAAUACAAUUAUUUGCUCUCUCCUCGAUGUUGUUAGUUUGGCAGGCACUUUGUUAUUGGAGAAUACCCUCUUCUAUAAGAAAUAUAAAAAUGCUUUGAGGUCCUCGACAGCCACAGCCACAGUCAUUGCCGCAACCACAUCGAACUCUUCGAUUACCACCACACAACAAGAGGCACAUCAACUGCAACAGCAACAACAACAACAACAUUGCUAUCUGCAUCCACAACAGGAGCAGCAGCGUGCUGAUGCCGAAAAGGAAGCGGAUGACAAGAGGAACUUUGAAAAUGUUGCCUGGCUAACAGCAAAAUACAAUCCCAAAGCUAUUUUUCUGGGAAAAUUAAUUGAAACGAAAAUUGGCAACUAUGAUAAAGGCAUUUGUUUCGGUGAAUUCUACUACAACUAUGCUUCUUCGUCUUCUACGCUCUGUGGCAGUGCCAAUGGUGCUUCCUUUGCAUCUUCGGCAGUUCUUCCCUCAUCACUGGCCUCAAUAUCGACCGGAUCUCUUUGCAGCAGCAAUGGCAACGGCACCAUCACCGAUGUCCAGGACCUCAAAGGCAUAAAUAAUCAGUUUGAUUUCAUCUCAUUGCAUGUUUUACUAUCGAUUGGUAUCUCAACACUGCGAACGAAUCUUUUUUAUGCAAUUGCCGUAACACCUUUGGAAAUCACGGAGCAACAGCAGCGUUUGGCGUCAAUGACGCCAAGUGCAAAAACAUCGCCAUCAACAUCACCAUCCCAUAAAAGUCAAUCAGCCACAGCCACGGCUAUGGUGACCAGCAAUUCAAUGUUGCCAAUUAUACCAAUUGAGAGUCUAAGUGAUGUGGAUAUUUUGAAGAGUUUUGUGAGAAGAUUGUCGAUUUUUGGCUUUACAACACGCCAACAAUUUGAAGAGUAUUUUAUGACAUUCUUGCUGCUGAUCAAUAAAGUUUACGACGAGAAUAUGGUGGACCAGCAAGAACAAUUUCAAAUACGCAGCAUUUGUUUGGAAGCCAUUAUGGAACUUUUAAUUACCUACAAAACUUUUCCAAUUGUGGGCAAUAAACUUUCACUCUAUCAUCAUACGACACGAUGGAACCGUAUUAAUUGUGAUACCAUAAGUUUAAAAAAAUUGCACGAGAUACAAUUGAUUAUUUCACCCUCGAAUGUCUUUUAUCAGAGCAACUUGGAGAGAAAUCUAAGAAGAGAUUCGGUUAUUGGCACUCAAUAUUUUGGACCUAAUCAAUUUGAUUUGAAUUUCAUUUGGCAGCAAAUGGAGGGGAAUUCUUCAUCCCGGCAAUCGUCGAUUGAUGAAAGUGACACAACGGAGGAGUUUGCAGCAAAGUCCACACCAUUGUCAGCUGAAUUGACAGCGAAACACUUGAAUAGUAUCGCCGCCAAUACGGCCUAUCGUAAUUAUCAAUAUUUUGCGCGACAAUCGGGUGUGGAUUAUAAAAGCAGUUCUCAACUCAUAUUCGAUGUCCUUAUGCAAAUGAUUGAGCAAAAUCACAUUUUAAUUUUGCCAAAUUUAGUGAAAUUCACUGAAAUUUGUGAAAAUCGUGAGCAAAUUAAGCAGAUUUGGGAGAAAGCCGAUUAUCUCAAGUCUCAAAUUCCCAUGGACGACACAAUCUCGCAUCAGCAUCUGAUCUACUUGCUAUGCAAGACCAAGGGCAUGUUGAUACCCUCGCACAUGGAGAUGCUGAAUUUGGAGGCCUUAAUCAAGAAUUAUUUGAAGUCAUCGCAUUUGUUUGUGCGCUGUGCCGCCUUGAAUGGGCUGUUAAGCCUGCUGGAGAGCUAUGCCAAAACGAAUACAACAAUUGGCAGAUUAAGCGAUGAGUUGGUGCGACUCAAGGACAUCAUACUCUCGUACAUCGAUAAACAUGGUCUGAUUGAGGACAGUGCUUUGCAGUGCAGUGAUAUGCAUUCGAAAUUGAUAUGGACCUUAAAUUAUUCUCUGAUGGAAUGGACUUCAAAGCUAGACCCUCAAUGCAAUGUUGCCUAUCACACCAAAAUGACUGCGACCAAAUUGCUGAGAAAGUCAACGAAUGAACAAAUAUAUCUGUGUGUUUUACAUGGUUUGGAGCGAAUGAUUGUGCUUGACAAUAAAGUCAGCAGCAUCGGCAGCACUUUCGUGGCUGGCAGUGGUGGUGGCGGUGGUGGUGCAGACAGCCAAAACCAAAUGCUGAGGCCCUCAAUUGAAAAACUUGCUCUUGAACUGGCCAAAUUGGAAAACGAGAAAUUUUCAAUUCCCGCACUGAAAUUACUUUUGUCGUGCAUUUAUGUGGGCUCUUCAAAACAAUUGGAAAAUACUGAAUUAUGCAAUGGCAUUGUGCAGGACGACCCCGAGAUAAUUGCCCAGCAAACGGAUAAGGUUGAUAUUUUGCUGCAAUGCAUUAAAACGGCCAACGAAGAAGCGGCUUGGAUUUAUGGCCAGGUGUUGUGCCAAAUGAUACGUGAUUUAGUGCCGCCCAAAGAAAUAUUGACGAAGGUCAUAAAGGAGUUCUUGGCCAUAAAUCAACCACACAGCGAUGUUAUUGCAAUGAUUGUAUUUCAGGUUUUCCGGUCGGCCAUUGAUUCUUCGUUUUCGCAACCAUUGCAAGAUUGGCUUACCUGUUCAUUACCCACGUUCUUAUCGUUGGCAGAACAAAAAGCCGUCUGGUGUCUCAGUGUUGUAUUCCUCUCGGCCUCCAUAAAUCUUCAUUUAACGAAACUGUUUCCACUGCUGUUGAGUGGUGUGAAGAAGGGCCAAACAGCAACAGCAACAACCACAACAAUGACGACAACGACGACGACGACAACAACAUCCUCAUCCGCAUCAACACCCACAGCAGCGACAGCGAAAAGAAUGAGUUCAACCAAAUUGGGUCAUCACGAAAUUGCAUUGUUCGUGACAUCUGCUCAGGAUUUCUAUGCGAAAUUGGGCUCUGAGCAGAAAUUACGUUUUCGCGAUGCCUUCAAGGAAUUUCAUCAUAUUAAAGUCUACAACAAGAUGUUACAAAGUCUAUGAACAAGCUAACGAACGAACGAACGAACGAACAAGCGAACAUCAGCUCACACACACACACACACCCACAUACAUACACGCUGAUGACAGGAAUUUAGAAAAAAAGAUCUGCCACAUCACUCUCGCACGCAUACUUUGCUGUUACACACACACACACACACACACGUUUACAUACAUUCUAAUACGAAUUCUUGGAUGAUGAAUAUGAUAAGAACUCAUCAUAAAGUCCAUAGGAUGCAUGUAAAUGUGUGUGCGUGUGUGUAUGUAGCUUCGCUGCAUGUGCCUGUAUGCGCACCAUCGAAUAUUAUGCAAAUGAAUGAGCAGAGUGAAUGCAUGUCCCUCAUUUCUUACCGAGAGUUAUCGCGAGUCUGUGUGCUUGUGUGAGCAGCAUCUUUUCUGCGAGCCAAGAAAAUAAACGAGAAAGAGAGCAAAGCAAAGGAACUUUAGUUAAGCUUAAGGCUAAGAUUGAAAUUUAUAUGGGGCUUUCCGCCCCUCCCUUUAAUUAUUUAUUAUGUUAUCAUUAUAUUACGUUUAUUUUUUUACUCAAAUAACUAUUUCGAGCUCUGACUCAGCCUAUAACGAA